GCGGUGCCCCGUUCUCCCCCCCUCCCGGCUGGGCCGCGGUCGGUGCCUGGCAGCAGAGGGUCGGCGCCGCCAUCGCCAUGGGCACCCGGGACGACGAGUACGACUACCUCUUCAAAGUUGUUUUGAUUGGAGACUCUGGAGUUGGGAAGAGUAAUCUCCUGUCCCGUUUCACACGCAAUGAGUUCAACCUGGAGAGUAAGAGCACCAUUGGGGUGGAAUUUGCCACCAGGAGCAUCCAGGUGGAUGGGAAGACGAUAAAAGCCCAGAUCUGGGAUACUGCAGGACAAGAACGAUACCGUGCCAUUACCUCAGCAUAUUAUCGUGGUGCUGUUGGGGCUCUUCUUGUCUAUGACAUUGCCAAACAUCUCACCUAUGAGAAUGUGGAGCGCUGGCUAAAGGAGCUUAGAGAUCAUGCAGACAACAACAUUGUCAUCAUGCUGGUGGGGAACAAGAGUGACCUCCGCCACCUGAGAGCUGUGCCCACGGAUGAGGCCCGGGCUUUUGCAGAGAAAAAUAACUUAUCUUUUAUUGAAACUUCUGCUCUGGAUUCAACAAACGUAGAAGAAGCCUUCAAGAACAUCCUUACAGAGAUCUACCGCAUUGUUUCGCAGAAGCAGAUUGCGGACCGCUCUGCGCAUGACGAGUCUCCUGGCAACAACGUUGUGGACAUCAGUGUCCCACCAACCACCGACGGACAGAAAUCCAACAAACUCCAGUGCUGUCAGAAUCUGUGACCUCCUGUAGAUGACUCCUGUGCCCGCCAAAUUCGUCUGUGCUUCAUUUAGAAACUUGUGUGCACUUCUUAUCUCCUGUGAUUCAGUGACUCCCUCUUCCCUCCUUUAUCCCAUUCCCAAGUCCCAUCCCCCUCCCUUUCAUCUUAGAGCUUUAAUCGUAGGGCUAACAUCCCCCUGCCUCUGAACUCCCUUUCCAUGUGGUGACUUUUGGGCUUGAAAUGUAGGCACUGAUCUGAUAGACAUGUUUGUGUUGGAACAUCUGCUGCUGGAUAUCAUCCCAUGAAACACUCUCCUCAAAGGUUUUUGAGGGUUUUUCAGGAGAGAAACCAUGGGGACUUGACUAUAACAGUUGAAGAAAUAACUACAUGUAGGUGACAAGGUUUUUCCCUCCCAGUGUUGUGUUUCUGUAAACAUGGGGGAGAAAUUAAAAUAGCUGUCCUACCUACCAAAUGCUCUGUUUCUGUCCUGUUCAAGUCUCACAGCGAGGUUUUUAGUCUCUGCACACACAUAAGAACUCUGAAAAUAACAUUACUUUAUAUGUAAUUACCCCUAAUACAGUUUGUCUGGCUGUGGAGCUUACAGUUUCCUGCUUGGGGAAUCUUCCUCUCUUCUUGUUUUAUUUGGGAACAAUGAAGUAUGUCUGCAUUGCUUUCUCUGCCACCCUGAAUGCCUGUGCUGUGUGUGCAGGCUCUCUGAUGUGGCUCAAUAUUUAUUCACAGCUUCUGUUAAUCAGUUCACGUUAUUGUACAGUAAGUGCCAGCAUCUUGAUUUCAGAAACCUUUUGCAACCUGUACAAGUAGCUUAUUUUGUACUGUAGGUCAGUGUUGGAAAGCAGGAGCUUCUGUAGUUCCAGGGUUGGUUUUGUUUCUUUUGCAUGCUGCUUUUUUCUCUAGAUCUCUCCUACCCUGUUUGAGUGAGUGAAGCAAUAUGUUCAUGUCACCUAUAGACCUGCACUUGUAAGGGGUUUGGUUGUUGUAGAGGAACAUGAUAAUACAUUUUGUAAGCCUUCUGCAGAACCAUCUUGAACUUUCUCUUCGUGACCUUUCACUAUUGACCUUGCGCAUAAUCUUCUUGACCUCUACUAAAAUAUGUAAUAUUAAGACUUCACAUAAUAACUACUAAGCUGUUGUUUUCCUCUCACUCAGUUUUACUGACUGUAACUCUCAAAUGAUUGUACUUCACCUGAUGGAAGGGAUUUGUCAUCAGCAGGGCUACCUACUACAGUACUUUGUUUUGCUGAAUGGGAAGAAUGUUAACACAGCGUGGUGUAGUCAGUCUCUUGCUAGCUUGUGAACAUCUUCUGUGAUGGCUUUUCAUCCUUCACUAGCUCUUACACACUUGGCGUCCCCUCUGGUACAUGCUGAAUGUUAUAUGAUGAGACAAAUAUUGGGUGAAACUAUCUAAAGGAAGAGGUGGAGACCAUCUGCUGUUCUCUGAAGCAAUUUGCAGUGAAUUUUUGCUUUGUAUUCUGAGACUGUACCUCACUUGAUGCAUAUUAGUGAGUUAAUUUUUUUUUUCUGAUACAAAGCAAAUAGGAAAGUGAAUUGUUCUUAAAGGGGAAAUCUGACAUUCCAGUCUCAACUGUUCUGUCUGGUUGUGUAAUAAAACUAAGGGCGGUUAA